AUGUCAUCAUGUACUAUCAAUCCAUUGAAAGUUACUCAAUUUCAUGGAAGUAACAAAGAUGCCUACCCCUCCUCAUCCUCUUCCACCUGGCCAUCUUCACCUUUAUUUCCAAUUCGAGUACUUUUCUCCAAGCAAGCCGAUUACUCGUUUGUCCACAUCGCUGUUCCAUUAAAUGGUAAUCGAUUCACAAUCAAAUCCACCACUUUUACACCAAAACAACCACUAGUGGUUUGGCCUUAUAUGAAUAGUACCCGGGUUGCUGAGAAGAUCAAGCGAAUUUGGAGAACUACGGAGUUUAAGUUGACCCACGGUACUAUUGUCGCGAGAGAUUUCAUGACACUGCCCAACACUGAAUUUAAACCUUUGCCUUAUAAGAGACUGUCAAGAAUGAGGUGGCCACUUAGUUAA